CUUUGUUUUUGGAUGUAUUAUCCUCCCCUGCUGUCUGAGACACACUGGAAUCGCCUGCAGCCACUGAACAGCAUCAAAUAAUGACAACAAUACACAAACUUCACACCACCAGACUAAAUUUUCAUGUUUUUUGCCCGACAGUUUGAACACCAACUCUGGAUCAUCAUCAUUAUUAUCAUCUUUAUCAUCAUCAUCAUCACCAUUAUGAUGACAUUUAACAGCACAGAGCCCUGGCUUUCCAUCAAUACUUCAUUUCCCAUCAACCCUGUAAUAUCCAGUCCCAGUAACAGAAGUGGCAUGGAAGCAUAUCUUCAAAGAUUGGCUCAUUUAGACGAAGGGCUCUACAACGACUUUUAUGGCCUUUGGAUUGCUCUUAUGGUCAUAAACUCCCUCAUAUUCUUGGUAGGCACUUUUGCAGAUAUUAUUUUAUUUUUAUAUGACUUUGAAAACUCAAAUAGACCAUGAAAGUUUCUUUAAGCGCCCUAUUCUCUCUCCUCUCCUUAGGUUGGCAUGGUGCUCAACACAGUGGCUCUCUAUGUCUUCUGUUUCCGCACAAGGCAGAGGACCACCUCAGUGAUCUACACCAUUAACUUAGCAGUGACAGAUCUCCUCGUGAAUCUCUCUCUGCCCACUCGUAUCCUGCUCUACUACAGCGGAGGGGCCUGUCUCACCUGCUCCUACCUGCACAUUUUCAGCUACUUUGUCAACAUGUACUGCAGCAUCUUGUUUCUCACCUGCAUAUGUGUUGACCGAUAUCUUGCCAUUGUGCAGGUGGGUUUUCCUGCCUUAGCUGUCUCCUCACAGCCUACUAGAUACACCUGCCUGAACCAGAGGUGACUCUAGUCUGCAUGUUUUCUUUUGUCUCUCUAGGUUGAAGCUUCGCGCCGGUGGAGGAAUUCCAGCGUGGCUAAAUGUGUGUGUGUCUCUGUCUGGCUCUUUGCAAUCGUGGUCACGUACUCCUUCCUCUCCACGGCAUUUCAGCAUCCUGGCUGCUGCCUCUCUAAGCUCCUCUUCCUCACCAUCUUUGAGUUCUUCCUACCGCUCAUCAUCAUUGUGGUCUUCACAUUGAGGAUCAUGUGGGCACUGGCUGACCCUCGUCUAAUGCAGCAAAGCAGGUAAAAAACAUGUUUUGAUAUUGGGACACAAGCUUGGACAUACAACAUUCACUGAUCUGUUGGCAUUAGUGACCUACAUGGUCACUGUUUGGUACUUUACCUGGUAGCCUCUGUAGCCAGUAAAAGUAAACGUUGGCAAUGUUUGGGUCGUCAUAUUUACUCACAGUAUGGUUAGCAUAGGUGUUGGGCUGCAGUGAAUGAUGAUCAUGUCCUGACUGCUAACUACUGACCAAAGCUUUGUUACUUUUAUGAGACCACUAAAGGAAGUACCAAAUAACCAUACAGUCAAUUCACAUGAAAGAUGAACAAGAAAGACGUCCAUUUUUGAGUUAAAGGGAAUAUUCCGGCGUAAAAUCAAGUUAGGGUCAAACACACCAUAACACAGAGUUAGAUACCCCAUCGAGAGAUAAAUGUUGCUGACAACUUGCUUCUCUAGUUUACAAAUGACCGCCGUUAGCAAUAGAGAGAGCAACGCGCUCAACCAAAACGCCACUCUAUAGCCACAAAUAAUGCUCAUAACAGCACCUAACUUCAUCAACAGUACAUAUAGGGUUCCAGCCACCAAACAUCUUUUUAACUUUGCCUGAUUUCUUUAGCAAAGAGACUAAAACACAACUCACCUACUCUCUUCCAGCAGCCGCUUGUUUGUACGGAGACCUCCAGGCGAGUCCAUCGACUGCAGCGGGGUGACACAGCUCAAGAAAGAACAUUUAUGAUCAUUUCCUCAUGGAAAUGCAAUCAGACUGAGACACUAAGGCAGAAGAACUACCACGUCUGCAGUGCAAAAUGAUUAAUAUGAUGAAUAUUACUUUAAGGAAAUGAUAAAGUAAUGAUCAUAAAUGUAUUUUCUUGAGCCUUGUACCCCCGCCUCAGUCGAUAAUGGACUGGCCUGAGGUCUUGCCGCAAACAAGCGGCUGCUGGAGAAGAGAGUAGUUGAGUUGUGUUUAGUCUCUUUGCUAAAGAAAUCAGGCAAAGCUAAAAAGAUGUUUGGUGGCUAGUGCUGUGGCUCGGGCCCUACAUGUACUGUUGAUGAAGGUAGCUGUUGUUCUGAGCAUUAUUUGUGGCUAUAGAGCGGCAUUUUGGUUGAGCUAUCUGUCGUCAUUACUUAAGUUGAUAUAACUAGAGAAGCAAGAGGUCGGCAACAUUCAUCUCUCGAGGGGGUGUCUAACUCGGUGUUACGGUGUGUUUGACCCUAACUUAAUUUUACGCCAGAAUAUCCCUUUAAUCUCAAUAUGUUGCACAUAAGAAGAAAAAACACAAGAAUGAACAGGGGCACCACUCUAUACUUGCACAUACCACUGGCCUCCUUGUGGCAUACUGUUGGCCACACCACAUGCCACUGAACUUCUGGCAUAUGUCACUCAUUUACUUGCAUCUGUUGCGGUAAGCAUUUGGCUAUUUUAACAUCUUGCUGUCACUCUCCAUUACCAAUCUUGCAAACCAUAUUUCAGAGUUGUACUGCCCCUCAGUGGUGUUUUAAGAAAAGUUACUGAGACACAUGACAACUUGAUUAGAUACACUCUUCUUCUUUACAUGUGUUUGCUUGCACUUUUUACAAUUAGACAACAUCCAUCCCAUGCCGUAUCAAAUUUUGAAUUAAGUGUCAUUACAUUUUUUAAAUGUAUUUCAGCAGCCUAAUGCACCAAAUUGAGCCAAAUCUUUUCCUGCUGUUUUUGGCAUGACCCCAGACUUUGAUUUGUAAAAGAGAAAAGCCUACAUGGCUUUAGUAGUUUAGGGUUACUGAAAAGAUUUGGCCCCUCCUUAGCACUAACUUUGGGUUAGAUAUAUUAUUUCCUGCAUGAGUAGAGAAAAUCCUCUUUAUUCCCUCGAAAUCAGUGUGUAGAGCUCACAAAGUCUUCGGCCCCAUGUUGACAUUUUCGUUUUGAUUCACUAGUUACAGUUCACUGAAUGAGAAGAAAGAAGUCUGCAAACAAAUGCUGGUCUGGCUAUAAACAAGGUGCUUUUGUUAAGAAAGAAGAGACAAAAUUCAGGAAAGAUGGACAAGAAUGAAAAAAUCUCACACUAGCAGUCCUGAAAGCGCUGCAGGCUUAUAGCUGAUGGGAUGUCACAGUGGUGGUUUAAACUGUCUUUCUGCAGGGACAGGAGGAGAAGGGCUGUCCAGCUGUUAACCACAGUGCUCAUCAUCUUUACAGUCUGCUUCACACCGUUUCACAUCAGACAGGUGAGUGAGGGAUACACUGUUAAAAUAUAUCAUCAUCGUGUUUUAGCCAUCAAACUGAUGACAGACUAUAAGAGCCGGCAAGAUUGUAAAAGGACAUGGGAAAAGGGGAUUAAAAUGGUUAUGACAGGAAUUGUGAGCAAUCUCAUACCAGUUUUAUGUGUAUGUUGUAGGUGGUUGUUUACUUCUACCCUGACCUGCCUCAUCAUGUGAUUGUUUACCACCUGACUGUCACUCUGAGCAGUUUGAAUAGCUGUAUGGAUCCUGUCGUGUACUGCUUUGUUACAAAUAAUUUUCAGGUAAGACUUGUGUCCUCUCCCUUCAGCUACAAUCUGUCCAUCCAUCACUCAUUCAUCCCCUCAUUUACUCAUCGGUUCACUGAAUAAUUUACCACUCUUUCCCCCUCAGGCCACCAUGAGGAAUAUUUUCCGGCGUGCAGAGCCCGAGCAGACCAGCGGUGACAUCAUCAGCAUGCAACACAGCUCCAAGGCCUCGGGGGGGACAGCCAACGCUAUCACCAGGGAUGUGAUCAUGAUGACCAAGAUUCCUGCUUCACUGCAGAGAGACAUCGUAGGGAAGAACCACACUCUGUAAAUCUGCUAACCUAGAGUGAAGGGAACUGAAAGCUGAGAGGGCACAGCUGCA